UCCUCUCGUCCCGUCCCGUCUCACCUCCUCUCCGCUCUGCAGAUUCCGCUGCGCUCCGGGAGCAGCGCGCAUCUGACAGGCUCCCCUCGCGACGCUGCGCGGACGCGGCCCCGCCGACGCCUCAACCGCGAGCAGCACGUCGGAAGGCAACGGCUUUCCAUCGCGACCCGGGGCCACGAGUCGGAUCUGGAGUCGGAGAGGGCGGAGAUCGGACGCAACGCAAAGCAAACCAGCGGCAAACUGCAGCUUUGUCAUGGACCUCAUGGAAGGAGAAAUAGACAGCCUGGCCAACACCACAGUUGGCACCACCCCACUCAACAUUGAGCUCCUGUGCCCUGUGAACACGGAUUUCACCCAGUGGUUCCUGCCGACGAUUUACCUGGUGGUCUCUCUGCUGGGGGUUGUAGGCAACGGGCUGGGCUUGUGGAACCUGUGCGCCAGCUCUCGGAAGGGCAGCUGGAGCGCCCUCAGCGUCCUGGUGUGCAACUUAGGGGUGGCGGACUUGCUGUACGUGGUCACACUCCCUUUCCUGGUCUCCUACUACCUCCUGGGUCGCGUGUGGCUCUUUGGCCAAGGUUGGUGCCGGCUGACUCGGCUGCUGUUCCACCUGAACCUUUACGCCAGCAUCGGCUUCCUGACCUGCAUCAGUGUGCAUCGCUACCUGGGCAUCGUGUACCCGCUGAGGAUGCUGGGCAGGUGCCAGACCCUCGGGCCUACUGUCUCGCUCAGCGUCGUGGUCUGGGCCUGGGUCCUCAUCCAGCUCUCUCCCGACUUCAUCUUUAGCAAGACGGACCGUGCGGGCGUCAGGUGCCACGACACGACGGAGCACGAGAACCUAGGGACCUACAUGCCGUACAUCCUGGCCAUCACGGUGACUGGCUUCGUCAUCCCUUUCCUCAUCAUCAUGGGAUGCUACUGCCACGUGGUCCUGGUCCUGCAGAGGAACCGAAAUGUGGACCCCAUCCUCAAGCGCAAGAGCAUCAAACUGGUGGUGCUGGUGACAGUGCUCUUCUCCGUCUGCUUCCUCCCCUACCACAUCUUCAGGAACCUCAACUUGCUGUCGCGGAGAUGGCAGCUCCAGGGGUCCUGCACUCAGACCUUGAGGAACAUCUACAUCUCAUAUCAAGUGACACGAGGCUUGGCCAGCCUCAACAGUGCUGUGAAUCCUCUCUUGUACCUGAUGGCUAGCGAGGACCUGGUGACCCGGUCGAGGGCUUUUGGCCAAAGGAUGAGACAGGCACUGGGGUAUCUUUGGCAAAGUCAAAACCAGCAGCACUUGGACCAAAAUAAGCAAAGCAUUAUGCUCAAUGAAGAAUGUGAGGAGGUGUCUAAUUAUCUCUGAAUUGACUUUUAAAAAAAGAAGAAAAGCAUACCCUAAAUGCUUGUGUGGGUUUCUUUGCAAUAUCCAUUUCUCUUGUGGCAGAGACUAGUUUUUAAAAGAACUGAAUGUGAUAUGUCACAGAGGCACCAUUGCAUGUGAUUUAAGCACAUAUUUCUUUUAUGUCCUUGUUUUCUCUAGUGAAGCAGAUUUAGAAAACCUUGCACGUGCUUCUUGGAAAGGCUAUGUUCAGAGGCAAUAGUGGGAUGGAUGUGGUGUUUGGCCUUUACUGGAAAGGAAGGGUUUAUCAGAAACUGUCUGAUGCACAGCCAAGAUUUAUAGCACUGCACCUUGAGCAUUCUGCACCUGUACAGUUAUUGAUUUACUCAGUUUGAUAGUCCUGCACCUGUUUACUCAGUAUAUGUCUAAUUGCCACGACUGGAGACCUGUGCAUUUGAAGACAAUAGGAUUUAAGCUACCUGAUUUAACACGAAGGAUUGCAAGCCUUAUGUAUAUUCAUAUGUGUGGUAGCACUUGGUGGGUGGGGAGCAUAAGCAGGAAAUAUAUCCAGUUGCCUGUAUUAGAUGCACUUUUCAAUUAUCCGUGAAAAUGUCCAUUUCUCUUUACUGGAGAAAGCAUGCCAAUGCUAUUGCAGUCACUGUAGAUCCAGGAUUUUCAACAGUUCAUUGACACUUUCCCCCUCCCAUUUUUGACCACAAAUGAUUAAUACAAACAUUUGGGAAGAAAUGGGCUAUGCAAAAUGUUUGAGGGCUAGAAACUUGUGGUUUUGUUUCUGGAGGGACUGUGUUACAGUAUUACAUUGAAUCAGACAACAUUCUCUAAAGUGAAUCCUGAAGUGACUACACCAGUUAGUCCGCAACCUUAUGCACACUUACCUAGGAAGUCACAUAUGGCUUACAAUAUCACUGUUUAAUGCGUGCAAAUGACCUUACGGCACAUAAUGAUGAUUACAAAUAUAGCUAUACUGGAGUUAUUUACUCAUUUAUACCAAUUCCUUUGGUGUCUAUUUCAAGAUUUUGAAAUGAGGAAUUAAAUAUUUUUGAAAUGGUUCUGAGCACAUUGAAGAGGUUGCAUUUGCUUGAUUUUAAGGUAGCUUGUGGUUGUUUGAAAGAUUGCCUGUUGGUCCAUGUAGAAAGGAUUGAACCAGGAGCCUCUCAAAAGUCAAUGAGCUCUUGAGCUAAGUCACCGCAUCUAAUGUGACAUGAGUCUCUGUUGCACCAAGCAAACCUCAUAUUAUCCAAACACAGAGAUGGGGAAUCUGUGAUCCUGCAAAAGUUGUUGGGACUCCAGGACCCAUCAGCCUCAGCCAGCAUGCCCAGUGGUCAGGGAUGAUGGCAGCUGUACUUCAACAACAUCUGUACUUCCCCACCCCCUGGUCCUCAACAAACCACCCCUGAUCAGAACAUCAUAUGCCGUAUUUGCCAAUUAGAUAAAGGGUGUAAAAUAAUGUGUGCAUUAUGUAUUGAAGUUAACAGUUGAAUCCAAGGGUCUGGUAGAUUUUGCUUUAUCACAAAAAUUUAUCUCUUAGAAAAUGCCCACUUGUCUUAUAUCUUCCAGAAUCAGUUUUAAAAAAACACACAACUUCAUCCACGUUUGUCGGACUCCCACAUUUGUAUCCUGUCUUUUGAGGAGUGUACAUGGUGGUGGGCAUAGAGGCAAAGGAUGCUGUCUUAUACUGAAUCAGACCGUGGGUUUAUCUAGUUCAGUAUUGGCUACAUUGACUGGCAGCAGCUCCCUGGGAUUUCACAGAGGGUCUCUUGCAGUCCUACCUGGAGAUGCCAGGGGUUGUAUCUGAGACCUAUGUGCAAAGGCAUGACCCUUCACUGAGCUAUGGUCUACAGAGACACGGGCCUUCACUGAACUAUGGUUUACCACAGAGCUACAGCAUACUUGGAGCUAUCCUGUGAGGAAGGUUGGAGGAGGGAGAGAUGGAAAGAGAGAAAACAGCCCAAGGUCAAUCAGUGAGUGCAAUCUUCCUGCGAGCAAUAAUUUCAAAAUGGAUAAAGUAAUAAUUUGUGUUGAUGUUGCUAGAAGAAGGUAUAAGUCAUUGAAUUGCAUCCAAACCUUCACUGGGCAGAAUGGAAAGGUCACCUUGUUUCUCAGCUAUUUUGGGAGAGCAAGAUAGUAGAGCAAUGCAGAUGUGUGUGUAGUCACUUUAGGCAGCCAGGGGUCUACUCACAAAACAGUUAGCAGUUCAUACACGCUAAUCAGCAGGAAAUCACACAUUAGUGUACUCAGUAUUUUUAUCCAACCUGUUUUAUUUGGCAUGUAACAAAUUUAAGCAUUUUGUUUCUGGAUAUGAAAUCUGAAAGCAUUGUACAGGUUUCCGGUUUACAACAGCCAAGCAUCAGAUCAGAAUGGUUCUCUCAGGAGGAGUAACUUGCAAUCAUAUUUUUUUCUCCAUACAAUUCCAUAUGACAUUUUAGGUGCUUCUUGGUUUCAUGAAAAUAAACAUUAUCAGAGCAAAAUACAUAUGAUAUUGCACGUCCAAUCCAUGAUAAUCUUUGCAUAUCUCCUUGUUGGUUUGUAAAAAUGGAAUAAGGAGGUUUUUAUUGUCUUAGGAGGACUGGAAUAGCUCAAUCGGUAGAGCAUGAGACUCUUAAUCUUAAAGUUUGUGGGUUUGAGCCCCACAUUGGAUGAAAGAUUCCUGCAUUGCAGGGGUUCAUUCCAAUGUGUGGCUCCUUCCAACUCUACGACUCUGUUUCUAUGACUGAGAUUGGAUCUCUUGUCACACUGUAAAGUCUCUAUCCUGUUUUACAGGAGUUGAGGUUAUAAUCGCUUCAGCAAAAAGCAGCAGUGCACUAAUAAAUCUAAACUCAAACUACACCUUACAUGGGAGGUCUGUGGUUGGAUUUUUCAUUCAUUCAUUCAUUCAUUCAUUCAUUCAUUCAUUCAAUGUACCGUCUUUAAUCCAAGGAUCAAAGGGCAGUUUGCAGUAUACUAGGUCCUAGGAUACUGGGCUGGAUCCAGAUUGAGGCUACAAUUCUUUGGAGGAAGGGCCAUAGCUCAGUGGCAGAGCAUCUGCUUUGCAUGCAGAAGGUCCCAGAUUCAAUCCCCAGCAUCUCCAGGUAGAGAUGGGAGAGACUCCUUGUCUGAAACCCUGGAAACCCACUGCAGAUCAGUGUAGGCAGUAUUGAGCUUGAUGGACAUAUGGUGUGAGUUGAUGUGCUACCACUGAGCUGUGGUCCUUCCCUCCCUGUUCAUCAAUUUCAACAGAACCUACAUUGAACCAACUUAAUCAAGAUCCAACCCUUUGCAUUUUUGUAUGGAAUGUCGUUGAUGGUGGUCAACCCUUUCCCCACCAUGCCAUUUUGCUGGCCCAAACCCACCCUCUCCAACUGCUACGUAUU